AUGCCGGUAUAUUUCCAAAACGUUGAUCCCUACAACAUUGGAAUUGAUAUGGGUAUCAGUGACCAAGAUGGGAAGCGAUGGGAGUUCCGACCCAGCCAGAGUCCUAAAGACGAUAUGGACUCCUCAUACUCUACCCCUCUAAUUAUCUAUAACAUUAUUCAAGUCUCUGUAAUCUCCGUUCAUUUUCUAUUCCUACUCUUCAACUUCGGCUCGGCAUCCCUUAUCCAUGUACGAUCCACGUUCUUCGACUUGGUCACUAUUUUCUCGUCCGUUUUGUCCGCUCGAACACUCAUGACAUUUCUAUUCUUUGUGUUUCUCGCUAUUAGAAAAAAGGAAGGAAGCAUAACUGGGUAUAUGAAUGUGUUCAUGCAAGUGACUCUAUAUGGAAACUUCAUCGGUGACUACUUCUCGCAGUCAAUGCUGGCAUUGAUGGCUUGCAAUCGAUAUCUGUCCGUUUGCAGUUCGGAGAAGGUGUUUAAUGGAGUCAUGGGGAGCAGGUUGGUUUGGGGAUAG